UUUAUAAAAUGUGGCGGGUCAUGACUUUUAUUCUCGUUGGACCUCUCUCAGUUAUCCAUUGAAGCGCACUGAACGUUCUCCGUUGAAUCUUACUUGUAUCCGCCAUUGAAGCAGCUUCUGAGGAUUGAAGUAUGAAAUUAGACCUCUUUUCGCUGCCCUGCCUCAGGGACGGGCCUGCAUUCUUUCUCCUCGCCUCUCGUCGCAGACAUUGCUUCUCUAUUGGAACCCGAUGUUUGUCUUCGCUAUCAUCCUCGUCAAUUUUGAACCCUAAUUCCUCUGAAAAUGCCGGACGUACUGGCGGAAUUAUGCCUUCUCCGAUUGCCCAAAUGCCGCAGAAAAUCGAUAUAAAUCCGCCCAAAGGAACCAGAGAUUUUCCUCCUGAGGAUAUGCGGUUGCGAAGCUGGUUGUUUCAGAAUUUCAGAGAGGUGUCGCAUUUGUUUGGUUUUGAAGAGGUUGAUUUUCCGGUGCUGGAAUCAGAGGCGUUGUUUAUUAGGAAAGCUGGAGAAGAAAUCAGGGACCAGUUAUAUUGUUUUGAGGAUCGAGGAAAUCGCCGGGUUGCAUUGAGGCCGGAACUUACUCCAUCAUUGGCAAGGCUAGUCUUACAGAAAGGAAAAUCCGCAUCCUUGCCAUUGAAAUGGUUUGCUAUUGGACAAUGUUGGCGUUAUGAAAGAAUGACUAGAGGUCGUCGCCGUGAACAUUACCAGUGGAAUAUGGAUAUUAUUGGUGUGCCUGAAGUUAUGGCUGAGGCGGAGCUUAUUUCUGCUAUAGUCACCUUCUUCAAGAGACUAGGGAUAACAGAGGCAGAUGUUGGAUUCAAGGUUUCGAGCAGGAAGGUUUUGCAGGAAGUUUUGAGGUGCUACAAUUUACCUGAAGAAUUAUUUGGAAGAGUUUGUAUUGUUAUUGACAAGCUUGAAAAGAUCCCUCUUGAUGAGAUAAAGAAAGAGUUGAAGUCUAUUGGAAUGUCUGAUGAAGCAAUCGAGGAACUGCUGGAGGUCCUUUCUAUCAAGUCUUUAACGAAGUUGGAAGAGAAACUUGGAACUUCUGGUCAAGUUGUUUGUGAACUUAAACAACUUUUUGCUCUUGCUGAGAAAUUUGGUUAUUCUAAAUGGAUCCAGUUUGAUGCAUCCAUUGUCCGGGGUCUGGCCUAUUAUACUGGCAUUGUAUUUGAGGGCUUUGAUAGAAAGGGAAAGUUACGAGCCAUAUGUGGUGGAGGACGUUAUGAUAGACUGCUAUCUACAUUCGGAGGUGAUGAUGUUCCAGCCUGCGGUUUUGGGUUCGGUGAUGCAGUCAUUAUGGAACUGCUUAAGGAGAAAAGCCUUCUUCCAGAACUUGGCCUCGAGGUCAACAACAUAAUAUGCUCACUUGAUCCUGAACUUCAAGGUGCGGCAGCAUUAGUUGCUUCCACUCUUAGAGGAAAAGGUCAGAGUGUUGAUUUAGUGUUGGAGAGCAAGCCAAUGAAGUGGGUAUUUAAACGAGCUGCACGAAUAAAUGCUCAGCGCUUAAUAUUGAUCGGAAAAUCUGAGUGGGAAAGAAGUACAGUAGCUGUAAAAAUACUCUCAACAGGCGAACAAUAUGAAGUCAAACUUGAUGAGUUAGAUUGACACGAAUAAGUUCCCUUGUAUGAACAGCAGGAUAAGGGAUUGGUCGAAAGAAGGUGAGGGAGAGGGAGGGAUCCAUUUUUCCUCUCUUUAAUAAACACUCUUUUUUCAAAACUGGAAUUCGAAAGGAAAAUGAACUCGACCUCUCUACCUUUCUCUUCCUUCCCCUUCCUCCUAUAUCCCUCCCUUUUCUUUCCUCUUAUUUUGCUAUCCAAAUAAUUUUCUAGCUUUAGGCUAUUAUUAUAAUUUUUUCUCAUUAUUUUGCAAACAGCAGUACCAUAAUAUUAUGUAUAAAUAUGUGUUUUGUUAGCCAACCAUCUUAUUUGAUACUUUCA